AUGUUAGGGAAGCUUUUCAACCUGGGCUCCGGCCCGUCUCAUCCUCCUCCGCUUCCGACCAACCUUCCCCGUUCUCACCAGACCUCUCUCGAAUCCGUCCAAGAGGGCAUACACACCCGCCACCUCCUGUACCCCGACGCCGACGCUCUGUCCCAGCACCAGAACGACCAAGUCUUCCCUCUAUCAAACGUUAACGUCCCGCAUCCGGCCCUGGUUGCCAACCCCUUUGACUACGACGCCGACAUCGACCUCGACAUUCGUCACGUCCGCGUCCUGAUCAUGCAAGAUGCCGCUGGUCCUUAUCCCUCCCAGCUCUUGUUCGACAGCCAGGGCCCCCCACCCAGCGUCACCUCGUCUUCCGACCGACCCUCUCCCGUCACCACCAGCCCUGUCGACUCCCAGAGGACGCCCACGUCGCCCCGGAAGUCGAGUCUCAGCCAGUCCUCGAGGCCGUUUUCCGUUGUCCAGCCAGAUAGCCCCCAGCCACGUCAUCAUGGCCAGGGUGCCUUUGACCGCCGUUUCUCCAUGCAUAGCCGGACCCAAUCGUCCUUCGAAUCCGAGAUUCACCGCGCGCGCCGCGAGUACCACGACGAGAUUGCCGCCUUCUCCAGCUGCACUUUUGGCAACUCGGAGCUGAUGGCCUACAAAGGCACUUCCACCAAGGUCCACAUCGUCCCCGGGCCGUCAGACACCCGCCUAGACUAUGCAGCCUCUAUCAUCGGCGACGGCCGUGGUUCCAUGGGAAGGUCCAGUAUGCGCUCCAGCAGGCUGGCGCAGUCCUACACCUCCGACACCGUAUCGCCAGCCCACCCGUCUCCUUCCUUCGCUUCGGCCCACUCCUCGGCGCCCCGGCAUGGCGACAGGAAGAAAAUCCUCAUCACCAGGCUGUUCCCUGUCGUCCUUCCGAGCGACGACGCCGACCUCCGAACCUCGGGCGACACUCCUUCCGCACGAUGCCCUGAUCACAACCCGUCUUAUUAUCCGACCCCCCCGCAAGCGCAACCUCAUGGGGUAGCUGAUGAUCAAGUCCCCAGGAAGAAGCCGCCCCAGCCGAAACAGAAACGAACCCCCAUGUAUGCCGUCGUACUCGUCAUCCAGCUUCCGCCCACUCCGACUCACAACAUGAUACCUGUGCCCACGGCCCCACCGCCGACCACGUCGACCACGCGGCCUUCUUUCCGCGGCCCUGCGCCUGGACCUGGGUCCUUUACCGAGCAAGACUCCUUCUCCUCCUCCAUGAGUUCGGCUCGCCGCUCGGGGUGGUCCAUGGCGGGCUCCGGUUUCCACGACUCUCUGGACUCUUCCUACUCGACCGAUUUGGAAGAUCGGAUGGACGCCAUCACCCAACACUGGGAUAUCAUCAUGAGAACCCUGACCCAUCUCCAGUCCGUCGUGGCUACCACCUUGGGCGCUCUCCUCAAGCAGGAGGACUUGAACUCGCCAGACCCUUAUACCGCACCCCCACCUGUGGCGUCUUUCGCCAGCCGAACCUCGUCGUUCAGCCGCCGGGGCGACGAACAACAACAGCAACAACAACAACAACAACAACAACAACAACAACAACCCCACUUCAAGCCGCCCAAGACCAACUCGAAGCUCAUCGUCCUGCAGUCGCAAAGGCUACAACACGACGAAAACAUCAUCCAGGAAGCCGCCGCCGCCAGGGUGAGGGUUAUCACGGGGCUACGAGCCCAGAGAGUCAUCACCGGACAGGGCAGAUGGGGGAUCUGGCGGGAGGAGGCCAGGUGGGUGGCCCGCAUGACCGGCGACAGAGAACAUGAGCACGGAUUCUUCUUUCACAACCUACUCACCGGCUUUCUGGCCACCCACACGGAUUGGCUUCAAGCGCUGGCGCCACUCGCUUAUCGAUGGAAGUACCACGAGCAACAAAAAGCAAAAGGGGACGAGGAUUUGUUCCUGCCGGCCCGUACCGUCAUCAUUUCCCAGGAUAAGAUGUUCGCCAGACGUCUCGUAUUCCUGCUAUCGGCCUUUUUACCCGCCAACCAGCCUACUUGCUCGGCGCGCCCGCAUCGCCCGAGUACGUCUACCACGUCCACCACCAUGGGGAUGGGGGGCCCGUUUUCGCAAUCACCGCCGUCCUAUGUCGUCCCCGUCCUCCGGGAAGAAUCGCUGCGUCGCAAGAUCAACCGCCGCACCGGGUUGAGGCGAGAGUCGCAGUCGCAGUCGCACUCUCGUACCGCGAGCCAGGCCACCGCCGCACGGCCUUCGGUACCACAUUCGCUGGCGCACCUUGCCAUGGAGGGCGGCGGCCAACAACACGAACACGAACGGCGCGUGUCGGACGCCGCCUCCAUCCGAUCCAACCUUCCCAUUACCGGAAACGACCCCGGAAGCCGGAAGAGCAGCGCAGCGACGACCACCACCAUCACCCAGGAAACGUCGAUUCCGCACUUUUCCACCAUUCACAAAAUCGAGGAUCGGCGCCGGCCACGCCCCGAGAGCAGCAGCAGCAUCGCCGCCGACGAUCUGAAGCGCUCCCUCAAGCGGAGCGAAACCUCGGGUGGUCACGUCAGCACCGGGAGCACGGGUUCCCGGGCCUCCGGUUCGCGAUGGGGCAGCAUGAUCAGCGGCCUGUGGAGCACCGCGGCACGGAGCGGCUCCAUCAGUCUGCACGACAACGGAUCUGGCAAUAGCAGCAGCAGCAGCAACAAGAACAACAACAACAACAGCCCGACCUCGCCGGUCAAGCCGUCAUCGAGCAGGCCGGACAAGCUGGUGCAGAUGGUCCGCGAGGCGUCGGCCAUGGAGGCGGCACAGCGUCGGCGUGGAGGGCACGCCAGACCGUCGGUCGACACCACGGCGCCCGAAACACUCCGCGGCUUUCCGGACGACGAACAGGCCCUGAUGGAUGACGAAGAACCCGAGACGGUUCCCGAGAUGGCCAUCUUCCCGGGCAGGGCGGUGCCUGAUCUGCUAGCGGGGCCCGGGGGACCGUUCCCGUCGCCGGUGAAAACCACGGUCAACCCGGAAGACGGCGUGAUCGACGUGGACAUCCCCUUCCCGGAUUAUAUCACGUCGUUUGAGACGGCCGUCAGCUCGCCGUCCAGCAGCGGCUAUCUGUCGGUGCCCACGCCCGGCUUGGGAUCGGGGCUGGAAUAUUUCGAGCAUUUGUCUCGUGGCGCGACGGACGGCGACCUGCCGAUGAACGUGGCCGGGUUUCUGCAGCGGUUCCAUCAGGAUUUCGUGCUGCAGGCGGUUCCCCCCCACGAUGAUCUGAUGGACCAGAUCAAGGAGUCGAUGCGGUCCGAACCCACGCCGCCCGUGUUGGCUUCCUCCCCGGCUGCUGGUGCUGGUGCUGGUGCUGCUGCAGAUGAUCAACAUGCCGCGGAAAGAUGGGUCGACGUCAGCUCCACCAUCGUGGCCGACGUGACAGGUUUCUCCGUCACACGGCUACGCUACCGUCGACUCGUCCGGCCGCGAGUCUGGGCGGAAGGCUCCGCCGGGUCCAGCGUCUACAGCGGCGGCACGCCGAUGCUGGUCCCUUCGGUCUCGCCGUACGAGACGCAGCUCGAGGAGGAGUUCAUCGAGGAGCCGGUUGGCGGGUUCGACGACACGCUGGCCGAGGCGGUGGAACGGGUCACCGCGCUCGGGGUCGACCCGAGCAAGCAGAACUCGGCGAGCUCGUCCCGGUCGGCGAGCCAGGCCCGGCCGCGGACUAGCAGCGAGACGUCGCGGUCCGAGGGGGCCAUGACGGUGCAGACUUGUUCGGAGGUGCCGCGCGGCGGAUGCAAGACGGUCGUGCUGUCGGCGCUGCAUGAUAUCAUCCGGGAGGUGACGGAGCAGCAGCGUGAUCAUGAUCAUCAGGAGGGGGACCGGGGUGGAGGGGGACGACCGAAGGAGAAUGUCCUUCGCGAGGCGGUGCGGUUUUGGGUGGAGUCUAUGGAGCCGAGCGACUGA